UCAUAUUUCAGUUGUCUCUCUCUCUCUCGGCAGCAGGAGGACUUGUCCUGAGCUUGGUGGACUCUUUGGACCUCUAAUCAUCGGUGGACUUUGACUUCGCUUUAAAAUAACAAUUUCCCCCUUUUUAACCUUGCAGCCAAUAGAGCCAAUAUAUUAAUACGGAGUUGUUCCUCAAGUCCGCGGCAAUGGGGGAGCAGCCGAUCUACACCACCAGGGCCCAUGUCUUCCAAAUCGACCCAACCACCAAGAAGAACUGGGUCCCUGCCAGCAAGCAGGCCGUCACCGUCUCCUAUUUUUACGACAGCACACGCAACAGCUACCGCAUCAUCAGCGUGGAUGGAUCCAAGGUGAUCAUCAACAGUACCAUCACGCCCAACAUGACAUUCACCAAGACAUCGCAGAAGUUUGGCCAGUGGGCAGACAGCAGGGCCAACACUGUGUUCGGACUGGGCUUCUCUUCGGAGCAGCAACUUGCCAAGUUUUCUGAGAAGUUCCAGGAGGUAAAAGAAGCAGCCAAGCUAGCAAGGGACAAAUCUCAAGACAAGGUGGACACAUCGAGUAAUCACUCCCAGGAGUCUGGACGUGACACGCCCUCAACCAACCAGGCGUCCAGCAUUAAUGGCACAGAUGAUGAGAAAAUCUCUUAUGUCGGUCCGGAGGCUGCUGUGCUGCAGACCGAGAACGAACGUCUUAAGAGUGCAGUAGAACAGAGCAACACCAACGCCAAGAAGUGGGAAACAGAGCUGCAGACUUUAAGAGAAAAUAAUGCCAGGCUGGUGGAUGCACUGCAGGAGUCCUCGGCUAAUGUAGAGAGCUGGAAGAAACAGCUUAGUGCCUGCAAGGAAGAGAGUGACACGCUCAGGGAAAAGAUUGCAGAACUAGAAGCUCAGUGUAACGAAGCCGAUCAGGAGAAACAGAAAAACGCCCAACUGUCUGUACGAGUGCAGGAGCUAGAGACCGAGCUGCAGGAAAAAGAGCAGGAGUUGGAGAACCUGAGGAAGCAGGCAGAGAUAAUCCCUCAGCUCAUGGCGGAGUGCGAGAGCAUCACGGCAAAACUGCAGACUGCCGAGACGAAGAACAAGGAACUGGAGGGGAGAGUAGAGGGUCUUCAGCUGGACAUAGAAGACAGUCAACAGAAGCAGGGCAACAUGAAGGGCGAGCUGAAGAAAUUCAUGGAUAUGCUGGAUGGAAAGAUAGACGAGCUGCAUGAGUUCAGACAGGGGCUCUCCAAGCUGGGUGUUGAUAACUGAGUAAAGUGGCACUGAGCUGAAAGGGUCAGAGGUCGGGUACGAAGGAUUCACUACAGUGUGUCUUCAGGGCAGAAACUAUGUGGCACCUACUCCCCCAAGGUGAUGUCCACUCAGACACUAUCAGCUUUGGCUUCUAAUAAACACUACCAUGUGAGAAAGAGAUGUUUUCGGAGAGAGAGGGAGAGAGAGAGAGAGAGAGAGAGACUGGCAGGAGGAGGGCCAGCAUGCUCCACCAAAUGGCUCCAUUUUGUGCGCUGGCAUUCUGAAACUAAAUCAGGAGUCUCACUUUGAGCUUACUUAUCUGUUUUCUGUUUGGGGGAAAUGGCUUUAAAAGCUGGUGGUGGGUUCUUAGAUUCUGUACAUCUGUCUUUUUUUUUAUUUUUAUGAAGGCUGCAGCACUUCACAGGCAGCUUAGGGUAGAAGAGGGGACUUUAAAGGGCUAAAAUGAACAACACACAAAGACAAUGCUGGUCGGCAUCACUCUAGUAAUAAUUGGUGUUAAUCCUUGUGAGCCCCCUCAGAGAAUUAGAGAUGAAAUAUUUCUACGGACUGUCCUGGCUGUUGCCUCUUGUCUAUCUCAGGUGUUUCAGAAGACAGUUUGUACUCAUUAGAUCAUAUGCACAUACAUGACAAACGGCCGUGACACAAAGUGCCUCCAGGUGAGUCUAAACCUACCUGGCGAGGAGAACUGGCCAAGUGAUGACCAUCACCAUAAUAUGAACUACAUGGUUUUUGUCAGUAAAUCUGAUGAGCAUCAAACAUCCACUUAUAAAAUGAAAUGAGAAGAAAAAGCAGAGAGGUUGUUAGUGGAUGUUAACGUGGUGAUAAACUCAAAGGUCAAAACAGGUGUUUGCACAAAAACUGGUCCGAGGAGAGACCGCAGCAGGAAGUCAUCAACUCUCUAGUGGGUGUUUUCCGUAAACACUCCUUUUGAUUUUAUUUGCAUGAAGAAGGACACUCUCUUGUUUAAGGAGCUCUCCUUCAGAAACAUCCAAAAAUAAUAAUAGGUUCCCCUUUUUUUUCCUGUGAGUGUAGUGUAGUGUUCAGAGGACUUUGUGUGUGCGAUAAGAUUUUUUUUUUAUCCAUUUGUAAAACAAAGAUGUCCCCUAGGCUGUUGAUGUGCUUCCUACACACUAGUUUUUGUUAUGGUGGUGGUUAUUUGUGGGUGAGGGGACUUGGUGCUGCUCAGUGGGUGAAUAAUGUGAACGUGUACUUCACUGGUGACAUUUAGUUUGGCACUGUCAGAUUCUUGGUUUCUGUUUUACAUAUUUAUUUAUUUUGGUGCCUCUCUGCAACUAGUGUUUCUAGAACAUACCAAGUAAAUCGACCUUCACCUAAUGUCUCUAUAGAUGUACGAUAAUGUAUCAUAUAUAUAUAUAUAUAUAUACCAAACUGUCAGGAUUCAGAGGUUUUAUAAUUAUUGAGGAUUUGUUUGCAGGAUGAUGUCGCAGCUGCUUUUGGGGAAGUCCAUAUUCAAACAUGGUACAUUUGAAAAUCAAAGGCAUAUGUUGUCGUGGUAUAUUUACGGGGUGAUACUAUGAUGUUAUAAGUAUAUUUUUUCAUCACUGUUUUGAUCUACGAAGGGACAUUUUGCUUCUUUCUCUGUUUAACCCCACUGUUCGUAAGUCUCCUGAACCUGGAACACAAAGUAUGAUCCUGUCUUUUAAAACCAACGCCUCUUGUGCACUUUUGUGACUCCUGUUCAAUAUUGUACAAUAGAA